UGUCGUACUAUCGAAGGUUCGUCAAGGGAUUUGCAGCGAUCGCGGGACCACUCACGAAUCUACUGAAAAAGGAUCAACCGUUGAUGUGGACCCCGCAAUGCGAUUGGGCUUUCGGAGAACUCAAAGCGGCCCUGAUUUCGGCCCCAGUUCUCGUAAGGCAGGACCCAGGGAAGCCCUUUGUUCUCAUAACCGAUUGGCAGCCAGAGGCGAUUUCCGCGAUCUUGGCUCAGGUGACGUGGACGCGGACCAGUGAGCAGCCUGUGUGCAUCGAGUACCUGGAGAUGUUGAUUCUGGAGGCUUGGAGAACGGACGUGGAAGGUGAUCUUCUUGGUUUCCUCUUCGGAUCGGUGCGACCAGGCCAUCGCCAGCCUAUCGUUCAAGAACUCAUCGUCCCACUCGUACAAUUGGCUGACGAUCUCCCCCUCGACAUCGUUUCGCAAAGUGACAACAGUCCCGCUCUGCACGUCAUCACGCGAGCCUUAGCACCGUAUCUUCAGUGGACUGCGUGCUUGGAGGAACCCGGGAGUGACAACACCUUGCCAUCGCGGCAAGAGCACCUGAAGCCGUACGGGAUUAUCGAUCUCGCCUUCUACCCAAAGGAAGAGUCUGAGGAAACACUUCAAGGAGAAGAAGAAGCCACCGAAGAAGAGGGCGACGCCGACGAAGAAACGUCGGAGGAGGGAAGUUAUAGUGAGUAUAGCGAAGGGGAGCAAAGUGAAGAGGAGAUAGAAGAAGAAGAGGAGGAGGAAGCCGGAUCGGAGUGGGAGAAUUUGCCGGAAGAAGCGGCGCGCGCGGGCACGGAGGCGGAAGAUCCCGACGCGGCACGAAGAAGGGAAGAGAUCGCCGCCGGGGAAAACCAGCUAGAGAUCGCCAGCAGGGCGAGCCUGUGCAUCAACGACGAUAUAACCAGGGAUCUAGAGCCCCUCGAGCCCGAAGAUGCCGGAUCAGCAACCGCGGCUCCGAACACAUCGCGAAGGAGACGGAGCCGAUCCCCCUCCCCCUCCACCCCAACUCGUCCCCAGUUCGUCCACGUACCAAUGCGGGGAAUCGGCCUUCGCUCUCGGUCAUUAUCCCGCCGUCCCUUUGAUUAACUUACCCCCUUUCCAGAUUUCUACCCCCGUCACCUUCCCUCGCAACCCCUUUCCUCCCAAUACGUUCGAACACUUUUACUCCACCCAUCU